AUGGCAGACAAUAUGACUGAUCUAGCUGAUAUAUUCUAUAAGGAUAAUCAAUUGAAUUUUGCACUAGGUCAACCAGAUUAUCCAAUCUAUCCCAAACAGAUUAUGCAAUUUAUGACCGAAAUUAUUGAUAGUCAAAAUAGUCGUCUACAUCAAUAUACAAUGGAUCAGGGUCUACCUCGUCUAAAAAGUAUAUUGGUUAAAUUAUACUCACAUUUAAUGCCAACUGUUAAUAUUGGGGAUGAAAAUCUAUUUGUUACGACUGGUUCAUCGGCUGCCCUAUACUGUAGUAUUAAGGCUCAGGUACGCGAACCGGGCGAUCGGGUCCUAAUACUGGAUCCAUCGUAUCCGUAUUAUUCGCGUAUUGUACGCAGCGUUGGCGGUUUGUCCGUAAGCGUACCGAUGCUGGUCGAUCCGAGCACCGGCAGGUGGCUAUUGGACACCGAUAAAGUGGAACGGGUUAUGAAAUCGGAGAAGCCGUGUGCCAUUAUAAUUAAUACACCGCAUAAUCCAACAGGACGGGUUUUUAGUGAAUCGGAAUUGUUAUGUAUUGCAAAUCUAUGCAAAACUUAUAAUGUGUUUGCAAUUUGCGAUGAAGUUUACGAGUGGUAUGUUUACCAACCAAACAAACAUUUUCGUUUUGCAUCAAUACCGGGAAUGUUUGACCGGUGCGUAACAAUUGGCAGCUUAAGUAAAUGGUUUCAUGUAACCGGUUGGCGAUUGGGUUGGGCACUAACGGGCGACACUAGUCUAGUCAAUGCUAUACACGAAACGCACGCGUGUUUUUGUAUAUCAAGUUCAACGCCCAUACAGGAGGCGACUGCGCGUAUGAUUGAAUGGGAAUAUGAGAAACUAAUUGUCGACCAUAGUGUUGAAAAAAUUGACCAUGCUAAUCAAUUAUCAUUAUCCUAUUGGACAGAAACAUGUCACCUGUUAAGUGAAAAACAUGAAAAAAUUGCUAAGAUUUUAACGGAUUUCGGUUUAAAACCGUUACCCGUCGAUUCCGGUUAUUAUAUACUGGCCGAUUGUACUGAAUUAUCCGCAAAAUUAAAUUUACAAAGUGGUACAGCAUUUGUCACGUGGUUAUCCCGUCAGGGUAUUCAAUGUGCACCGUUGGCUAUGUUUUGCGCCAACAACGAUGAUAGCCAGCGCUACGAACAUAUGGUUCGCUUUUGUUUUAUAAAAAGUGACGAAACUUUGCGCAAACUAUCGGAACGUUUAGAUUUUAUUAAGCGUACGAUUGUUUCGCAAGUUUCUAAUAUACAGUAG